GGAUCUGCGCCAGCACGGCCUGCUCCUCGUCCCACAGGAACUUGUGCAGCUUCUCGAAUUCCCACUUCACCUGACACUCCAGACGCUCCGAUUCCUCCUGGGAAUGAAUGUCGGUACCUUGCUCCAGGAUGGAAUCAAUGCUCCAGCCCCGGCUGCAUGUGCAGGAUCAGGAUCACGAUCAAUCCCACCUCUGGAGCACAAGAACUCUCUGGAUUCCUCCUUCCCAGAGCUCAGGGAUCACUGGGAUCAUGCUGGCUUCCCCAAAUUCCCAUCCCCACUUCCCAAAUCCCCAUCACUCCCCUUUUCCAGAUGGAAUCAGUGCUCCAGCCCCAGCUGUAUGUGCACGAUUUGGAUUGGGAUCAAUCCCAGCUCUGGAGCACCAGAAUUCCCUGGAUUCCCAUUCCCAGCACUCAGGAAUCCCCUGGGAUCACGCUGCCCUUCCCAAAUUCCCAUCCCCACUUCCCAAAUGCCCACAGCUCUCCUUCUCCACGUUGGGAUCAGGGCUUCACUCCAGCUGCAUUCCCAAUCAGGACCAGGCCUUCACUCCAGCUGCAUUCCCAUCUCUGGAGCACCAGAAUUCCCUGGAUUCUCCUUUCCCAGCACUCAGGGAUCACUGGGAUCAUGCUGGCUUCCCCAAAUUCCAAUCCCUGCUUCCCAAAUCCCCAUCACUCCCCUUUUCCAGAUGGAAUCAAUGCUCCACCCCAGCUGCAUUCCCAGUCAGGUUUGGGAUUGAGAUCAAAUCCCACCCCUGGAGCACCCAAAUUCCCUGGAUUCCCCUUUCCCAGAGCUCAGGGAUCACUGGGAUUGUGCUGCCCUUCCCAAAUUCCCAACCCUGCUUCUCAAAUCCCCAUCACUCUCAUUUUCCAGAUGGGAUCAAUGCUCCACCCCUGCUGCAUGUGCUGGUGUGGGAUCAGGAUCAAUCCCACCUCUGGAGCACCCAAAUUCCCUGGAUCCCCCUUCCCAGAGCUCAGGGAUCACUGGGAUCACGCUGCCCUUCCCAAAUUCCAAUCCCCACUUCCCAAAUCCCCACUGCUCUCCUUUCCCAGAUGGGAUCAGUGCUCCGCCCCAUUGAACAUGCAGGACUGGGAUCAGGAUCCGGAUCAGGACUGGGAUCGGGAUCAGGAUUGGGAUCGGGAUCCAGAACCGGAUCAGGAUUGGGAUCAAUCCCGCCUCAAGAGGGAACACGCACCUCGUUGUGCCGGGCGAUGCACUCGUAG